GUAAAAGUCAAAGUGUUGCAUUUAUUUAAGAACGGAGGUAGUAUCACAGUACCCGUUUCCGCUACAUAGGUUCUCCCACCAAAGGCCAACAGUGAAGGAACACCGGAAGAAGAUGGCCAUGUUCUUUAUCAUGUUGUUUGACAACCUUACCAGUGUCACCUUGAUAUGCGGUGAUAAGCUUUAGGGGUCGACAUUGCUCAUCCAAAAACUGAGGGCGUAAAUCAUCCGAACGAAAUACUUCGGUCUAAAAAAUGCUGUUAAGGGAAAAAGAACCGACCACGAUUGUUUUGCUUGACAUGGAACCAGCCGGAGAGAAGAGCUAGUCGGAGAUGGAGCUAGUCAAUGAGUGUGACCAAAUCCAAUGAGUCGGCAGAUAGCGGAGCUAGUCAGAGAUGGACUCUACAAAGACGCGCUCGCAGUCUACUCACAGCUCAACCAUUCAUCCCUUCGCAACGGAUUCACCUUCCCCGCUCUUCUCAAAGCCUGCGUCAAGAUUGGAGACUUUCCUCAAUCCCAAAUGCUCCAAACCCACAUUUUAAAGUCUGGGUUUCAAUCCGAUACCCAUACCGCCACAUCCCUCACCCAUCUGUACACUAAAGCCAGGAGCUUUGAUUGCGCAUUCAAGGUGUUUGACGAAAUUCCUCAGCCAACCAUCGAUUGUAUGAACGGCUUCCUUUCUGGGAUUUCUCAAAACGGGUAUCAUCAAGAGUCCUUUAGGAUGUUUGGUUUGCUUGAUUCUUGGAAUCUCCGGCCGGAUUCUGUCACCAUAGCCGGGGUGCUGUCUGGCUGUGAGGAUGCUAAGCUUGGCGCACAAAUGCAUAGCUGGGCUGUAAAGAUAGGGGUUGAGAUGUCUGUGUAUGUCGGGACGUCUAUUCUCACCAUGUAUUCCAAUUCUGGUGAUAUAGUUUCAGCCACAAGGGUGUUUGGGCUGGUUGAGAACAAAAACGUGGUGUGCUACAAUGCAUAUAUGACUGGGUUAUUGCAUAAUGGGGUGUAUGGGGGUGUCUUGUCUGUUUUUAAGGACAUGAUUGCAUCAUCAGAUGAAGGAACCAAUUCUGUUACAAUAGUUUCUGCUCUUUCAUCCUGUGCAGAACUCAAUAAUCUGAAUGUCGGCCUGCAAAUCCACGGGUCUGCUGUAAAAAUUGAGACACAUUGUACUACUAAUAAAACCAUGGUCUCCACCGCUUUAGUGGAUAUGUAUUCCAAAUGUGGUACUUGGAAAUGUGCAUUUUCUGUGUUUGAGGAACUUCAUAUUACCAAAAGGAGUUUGAUCACUUGGAAUGCUAUGAUUGGAGGAAUGAUGCUCAACGGCCAAAUCGAGAAAUCAAUCGAACUAUUUGAACAGUUGGAGACUAACGGGCUAAAGCCCGAUUCAUCAACGUGGAACACAAUGAUAAUUGGGUUUUCACGUCAUGACAAAGGCGAUAAUAAAGCUUUUAAUUUCUUCAGAAAAAUGGUGUCUUCUGGUGUGAAGCCAAAUGAGAAAUCAUUGACCAGUCUCUUGACAGUCUGUUCUGCACUCUGUCUUCUACACUCCGGGAAGCAAAUCCAUGGAUAUUCCAUACGGACAGGUUGCAGUAGUGACCUAUUCCUCGCAACGGGUGUGAUCGAUUUGUAUAUGAAAUGUGGGAAAGUCUCAAUGGGUGAAAGUAUUUUUGAGGAGAUUGAAAACAAGAACUAUGAUGCGACUCUAUGGAAUGUUAUGAUCUCUGGCUAUGGAAUAAAUAACAAAAAUGAAGCUGCUUUUGAAAUGUUCGACCGGAUGUUACAGGAGAAAGUAAACCCAAGCAGGGCAACUUUCAAUUGCAUUUUAUCUGUGUGCAGUCAUUCCGGUCAAACGGUCAAAGGGUGGCAAAUCCUUAAACUGAUGAUUGCUGAUUUUGGGUUGACCCCAAGUCUCAAGCAACUUAACAUACUGGUUGAUCUUCUUGCUCGAUCUGGAAAACUGGAUGACGCAAGAGAACUUCUUCAGAAAAUACCAAAGCCUUCUGCACCGGUUGUUGCUUCGGUUCUCGGGGCUUCCGAGUGUUAUUCAAAUCUGAGUCUUGGUGAAGAAAUGGGUAGGAAGCUCUUAGAGUUGGAGCCAGACAGUCCUAUUCCGUUGGUCAUCUUGUCCAACCUAUAUGCUAGUUUAGGGAAGUGGAAUGAAGUUGAAACAAUCAGACGGAUAAUAGAUGAAAAAGGACUAAAGAAACUGGCUGGCUAUAGCUCGAUCGACAUUGCCUAAAAAUAUGAAAUUCUAAAAUGUACAUAAAUUGACUGGAUCAACAGUAGGAAAGACCAUUCUGCAGCCGUGCACCCAAGGUGGAAAAAUUGAAAGUUGGAGAGCAGAAUUGAUUUUUUUAAUGGAAAGUGACAAUGGUGCUAUUGCCUAUUGGGCUCAAGUCAGGCUUAAAAACUCUAUGGUUUUGAAUUUGGGCCUGGUGUCAGAUCAGGUAUCUUAUUCAAAGCCCAAAAGGAUCAUACACUGUCCAUUUACUUGUCUUUCUGCCUCAGUCAAUUGUAGUACAACAAGAUUGGCUACGAUGUGCUGUAGUACAAAUGUACAAUAUUGUACUUUUAUUAUAAGCCAAGUUGUACAAGUAUAAUGUACAAUAUCCUUAUUUUUUGUACUGAAGUUAUAGACUUGUUGUAGUACAGAAACUUAAGAUAAGCAUUGCCUCUCUUGGAACCUAUAUAACAGAUAGAUGCACACAUAACUUGGAGUAGUACUUGUGUAGCUAAGUUUCUGGUUGCCUUUUGUAUUAAUGUGGAAUGGUUCAACAGGGUCGGCAUGAGAACACAUGCAUUUGAGAAGUGGUCAUUGAAUUUAAUCGAUGCCAUCGCAUUUGUAUCGUCGAGCAUGUGUUCUCAGGUCGCCCCUGUAGAACUAUAUUUUACUAUGCUAUUUUGACCGCUUCUGUCGUCCUUGACGUUCCUAUCUCCCCACCAUACCCACCAUAUAUGACACAGGAUCCUGCCAAUCUAUUUAUCUUUUAUACCAAAUGCCUUACUAUUUUGUUGAUUUUUCCCAAGUUGAUUUUGCUGCAAUAUAAGUAUGUUCUAG